AUGUGGAAGGCCCUGUUUUAUUGCCUUUUUGCAUCGUUGGUACGAGAUACCCCAGCUAACUUUGGCUCGCUGCUGGAGCAGUGGCUGUCGCCAUGGAAGUAUCUGCCAACAAAAAAGAACCUGCAGCAAGCCUUUGCGUAUCUGCGCCUUCUCUUCUCGUCUGAUCCGUCGAUCCUCGAUGUAUUCCUCAUAAUCGGCGGAGUGGUCUUCGCCAUUGCCGCUGGCAUUCCGUUUCCUUUACUGGGCAUCUUGUUCGGUCAGCUGGUGAACGACCUGAACUCGUCCACAUGCGAUCCCACACAGAACAACAUCGAAGCCUUUCAGUCGAGUGUUCGCACCAAAGUGCUUUAUAUCAUCUACAUUACAAUCGCCAAUUUCGGGUUCAUCUACCUCCACGCUGGAUGUUGGAGUCUGGUCGGCGAACGGCUCGUCCGUCGCUUGCGCAAACGUUACUUCCAAAGCCUCCUGAAACAGGAAGCUUCCUUCUUCGAUACCCUGCCUCCGGGCGAUGUUGUAUCCCGGCUGGUCACCGACAUCGAGGUGGUCCAGUCAGGCACUUCGGAGAAGGUGGGAAUCUACAUUUCGACCAUCUCGUAUUUUGUGGCCUCGUAUGUGGUCGCAUUUACCAAAGUAGCCGCAAUCGCCGGCAUGCUCGUAUCCGUCGUUCCAUGUUAUUUCCUCAUGGCCUUUGUGGGAGGUCACUACAUCCAAAAGUACGCCAGUCGGAUUGCGGAGCAUGCCAAUGCUGCAACUUCGGUGGCAUCAUCUAGUCUGUCUCAUUUACCUCUCGUCCAUGCUUUUAAUGCAAACCAACGUCUAGAGGCGAUCUUCUCUCGCCAUCUGAGCCUGGCUAGAAUGGAUGCCCUCAAAAAGGCCCUCACUCACGCCAUCCAGUUGGGCCUGUUGUAUUUCAUCGCCUACUCAUCCAACGCGCUCGCUUUCUGGCAGGGGAGCAGAAUGAUUGCAGAUAGAGUGGCCCAUAACGCCUCGGGAGUUUCUGUCGGCGCAGUUUAUACCGUGAUCUUUGUCCUCCUAGACGCGUCCUUUAUUCUCAGCCAAGUUGCACCUUUUAUUCACAUCUUCUCCGCCGCGACGGAUGCGUCAGAUCGGCUCAGGAAAAUAAUUGAAAGACCGUCCGCAAUCGAUGGCACGUCAUCUCGCGGAGACCGCUCUGUCAAGUUCGAAGCGGACGACAUCGAGUUUCGGGACGUGUUUUUCUCCUAUCCUAGCCGUCCUGAGGCUCCUGUCCUCCAAGGUGUCAACUUCAAGAUUCCUCCGAACAAACACACUGCUAUCGUCGGAGCAUCUGGGGGUGGCAAAUCCACCAUUGUGGCGCUUCUCGAGCGUUUUUACGACCCGACCGGGGGGGAUAUCAUCAUUGGUGACCGGAACUUCAAGGACAUCAACGUUCAACACCUACGAGGUAACAUCGGUUACGUGCCGCAGGAGCCCAAUCUGCUCGACCGAUCAAUCCUGGAGAAUAUCGCACACGGCCUGGUGAGCUCUGCCGCUGAAAAACACAGACAUCUUGCCCCUGUUCUUCUGGAUGCCAGUCUUCCCGAUCUGGUAAAUAAGAUUCGCAGGGGAAUUCCUGAGAGUGAAGCAGUUGCUUCCUGCGAUCCUCGAGUCUCCGAGAUUCUUCGACUGGUGAGAGAUGCAGCAGCAACGGCAAAUGCACUGUCGUUUAUUGAAGCCCUUCCACAGGGGUUUGCAACCAGCGUUGGAGCAGCAGGUAAUCAGCUGAGCGGUGGCCAGAAACAACGAAUUGCCCUGGCACGCGCCCUCGUUCGUGAGCCUCGCAUCCUUCUCCUCGACGAGGCUACCGCGGCGCUCGACUCAACUAGCGAGCAGCUGAUCCAAUCGGCUCUUAAGAGCAUAGCUGAGAAGAUCACCAUCGUUUCCAUUGCACACCGUCUAGCGACGGCUAAAGACGCCCACAAUAUUGUUGUUGUCCAGAAAGGACGCGUGGUUGAACAAGGCACGCACUCGGAACUGAUUGCAAGAGACGGGGUUUAUGCUGGUAUGGUAAAGCUACAGAGUCUCCAGAAAAUAAGCAUCCCAGAUCUUGCAAUGGAAGAUUCUAUCAGUUGCUCUUCUGUCGACAAGGGACACGCUCAGGUGCGGUCCUCUGACAAGGAUACCACCUCGGAUGCGUCAGAUGAGAAGCCCGCUGCAAACGAGGAAAUCCAACCCAAGGGCACGAUAGAGAAGAGCACCGAAGAUAACAAAAAGAAUAAACCAAAAAAGCGGUCUUUAUGGUCAACCCUAAAGCACACCUUUCCUCUGAUUCGGCCGAAUAUGGGUUUCAUUUUUCUUGGUAUCGCCUCAGCGGCUGUAGUAGGGGGCAGUUACUCAGGAGAGGCCAUUCUCUUCGGCCACACUGUAGGAAGUCUCCGUCCCUGCAAAGGAGUUUCCAGUAUACGACACAGUGGUCAUCUCUACGGUCUCCUGUUUUUCAUCCUGGCGCUGAUCGAGUUUACAGCUGUGGUCGUUAGUGGCUCCGCAUUUGGAUGGGCGGCUGACAAGAUCCUCUAUCGCGUUCGAGUCUUGUCGUUGCGGUCUCUCCUUCGCAAGUCCCUCAAGUGGCAUAACUCCGAAGGUCGCAAACCAGGGACACUGGUUUCACACAUCACCAGCGAUGCCGCGGCCUUGAGUGGGUUGACUGGAAGCACGAUCGGUCUGCUGUUUUCGACUGCAGUGAACCUGAUCGCCGGCAUCGCCAUCUCGCAUGCCAUUGCGUGGAAAAUCUCGAUCGUCCUGCUUGCUACUGUUCCGGUACUUCUUUCUGCCGGUAUGAUGAAGCUCCGAGUGCAGGCGCAGUUCGCAGAGAGACACCAAAAAGCUUUUGCUGAAGCGACGGCAAUCACGGUUGAGGCCGUCGACGGGAUCAAGACGGUUGCCGCGUUUUCUUUAGAGAACGAAGUGUACCAAGUCUACAGUCGCUCCCUGCAAGGUCCGUACCAAGCAACCCUCAGGGCCAUUGCCUGGGGAAACCUGUGGCUCUCGCUGUCGUUCAGUAUCAGCAACCUUGUCUAUGCGCUGGCAUACUGGUGGGGGUCCAGACAAAUCGCAUCGGGCAUGUAUUCUCAGACACAAUUCUUCAUCGUUCUGCCUGCUCUGCUGUUCAGCGCGCAAUCUUGCGGACAGAUGUUUGCUUUGGCGCCUGACGUCUCCAAAGCCCGCGUCGCGGCAACCAACAUUGUCAAUCUGCUGACUGAUCGCUCGGAGGAUGAAGAACCUGGCAAGGUUGUCGGUCCUGGUGAAAACGAUGUUCUACAUGAGAAGGUGCAGGAUAUCGAAGCGUAUCCACAGGGCCACAAAGCCGAACAAGAAGCAUGUUCAGGCCGUGGGGGGAUUGGCGUGGAGCUGCGGGACGUCCAUUUCGCAUACGCAUCUCGACAGGAUCGGCCUGUCUUGAGGGGUCUUAGUCUUCAGAUUCCGGCGGGCCAAUUCUGCGCUUUGGUCGGUCCCAGUGGAUCAGGAAAAUCGACCACAUUCGCCAUGCUGGAGCGAUUCUACCGCCCGUCAUCCGGGUCCGUCAUCAUUGACGGCGUCGACGUCGUCGCCCAGGCAGGGACGUCCUUCCGGGAUGACAUCGCACUCGUGCCGCAGGAAAACGUCCUGUUUGAAGGCACGGUGGCCUUCAACAUCGCACUGGGGGCGCGUCCGGACCACGAACCCACGCAGGCGGAGAUCGAGGAGGCGUGUCGACUGGCCAACAUCCAUGACACGAUCAUGGCGCUGCCCCAGGGCUAUGAGACAAUGUGCAGCCAGGACGGCAAGCAGUUUUCCGGGGGGCAGCGGCAACGAUUGUCGAUUGCGCGGGCGCUCGUGCGCAAGCCGCGGCUGCUGCUGCUGGACGAGUCGACGAGCGCGCUGGACGUUGAGUCGGAGAAGCGGAUCCAGGAGGCGUUGGCGACGGUGGCGAAGCAGACUACCAUCGUGGCGAUCGCGCACCGGCUAAACACGAUCUACCGGGCGGACCGGAUCUUCUUGAUCGAGGAGGGGCGAUGUGUCGAUCAGGGCACGCACGCGGAGCUGGUGGAACGGAGCGAGACGUAUCGAAAGAGCGUGAUCCAUCAGUCGUUAGAGUAG